AUGAAGAGUUCCCAAUCUAUUUUGCUAAGUGUAUUAGACCUGACACUUGUAGUUGAUUCGACGCUUCAAUAUGAAGAAGUAUCACAUAUUUGUUCGCUUUUACGUGAAGACUUCUUAACAGCGAAUGAGAAGGAGCUUGAAGAUGAAUACAACAAGUAUAAAGACUUCUUUGUUAAAUACCAUCAUAAAAAUUCCACAGCAACCACCAAUUGUUAUAAAGAAUAUCUUCAAACAAUUGGCAAGCAAGAGGUAGUUGGAAUGUUAUUAGUUGAGGUAGAGUUAGAUCAUAGCAGAGCAAAG